ACUACGUACGAUGUGAAGAACCGGUCAAAUGGUGAUCGUGAGGACAUGCCGCCUCGGGAGGUUUUGUUUAAAAGAGAAUCUUAAAUCCGGCAAGGUGCUCCUUCCAAGAUGACGACAUUCUGACUACCCGAUAUGCUUCAUUUGCUGUAGUCAAAACAAAAGAAAGCAGUGAAGGUCUUUGUGAUCUGUAAUGCUGUCAUCAACGUAGAAGCAGUUGAUGUAACAGCUGGUCAACUUUCAUUGGCAUAUGAGUGGCGUGGUUGAAAUGGAUGUGAAGAGUCUUCACUCGCACAUCCGUGACGGCGACUUGAAAGGUGUCCGCCAACUGGUCUCAAGUGGAGCUGACGUGAAUAAGAUCUACGGUCGUGACACAGCGUUAAUCCUCGCCCUAGAUCAGCAAAACGUCAAUGAGGACAUAGUUAAAUUACUUCUAUCUUGUUCACAAUUCGACCCAAACGCGAAGAAUCAAUUUGACAGAACUCCGUUAUACUGUGCAGCUAAGCUGGGAAAUGUUGAUUUUGUGAAUCAUAUUUUGUCUUUGGGUGCAAACGUGGAUCAUGCUGACCUUGACGGAGUGACUCCCCUAGGAGCAACGGCUUGGUACGACUCUGCUGAAGUAGCCAGUAUUUUGGUAAGAGCAGGUGCUGAUGUAGACCGUAGUGACAAACGCGGUGAAACGCCCCUACUUCGCGCAUGUUCCAAUGGGUCUUUCAAUGUAGCAAAAGUUUUAGUUGAGAACGGAUGUGAUGUCAAUAAACGAACAUGUGAUUCCCGGUCACCUCUAAUGGAAUGUAUCCCGUCUUCUCUGUGUACCAGGCACCCAUGUGAUCAAACAGAACUACUAAAUCUCCUCUUAAAACACAAUUGCAACACCAACUUACAAGACAGGUCAGGAUUUUCUGCCUUACACCUGUCUGUUGUACGAGACCAAUUACUAUCGGCCUGCUUGUUAGUCGAGAACGGAUGCGACAUGACUCUGAGAAAUAACGAUGGUUUAACUGCAAUGCAUAUAGCUAUAUCGCCAGGGCGACAGAACUUCAAAUUUGCGUCUUGUUUAAUAUCUUACGGAUGUGACCUUCACGCAGUAUUUCCCGAAAUAGAAAGCGAAAAUGGACCUAUAGCGAUGAUACUGAAAGGAUUGACAAAAUCAGACAUGUCCACAAAAGCCUCGUCUACUGAGCGUCGGCUGCUUCUCCAGCUUCUGCUUAGCGAUAUAGAUCAUUCCAGAGUCAAUAAAAAUAAAUUACAAAAACUACUGGAAGCUCAUACUGAAGACAACGGCCCACAUAGUGAUCUCGAAAUCAUUAGAAAAUUUUGCAACAACCGGUUUCCUGAUACACUGCAGGGUAUAACUAGAAGGAAAAUCCGACGUAGUCUUGGUCAGGAAAUCAUCCAGAAAGUUGAUACUUUUUCAAUGUGUUCAUCAUUAAAACACUACUUAACAUUUGGAUUAAAUCAUUGUCAAACGAAUCCAAUAAAAUUACUACAACUGCAGCAAUCUGUCAAAAAUGGACACGUGGAGAAAAUUUUGGAGUUUCAACGGAUUGGAGUGGAUAUAAACUAUCCGUUCUUGGGAAACCCGCCACUUUUAGUAGCGGUAGAGCACGGUCAGGUCGCAUCUUUGCAAGCCUUGAUUUCAUGCGGGGCAGAUCCGUGCGGUCACGGGUUUGAGGGGGAAAGUGCACUUCAUAUUGCUGCCAGAUAUGGCAGAGAAAGCCUGAUGAACUCUUUUGUUCGAUACGGAUGUGACGUUCAUACUAGAAACAAGAAAGGCAAUCUGCCUAUUCACGAUGCCUGUCAAAGUGGAAACUUCUUAUCAGCACAGCUGCUAUUGUCCCUAGGAAGUCGUGUCUCACUUCCGGAUAACUGCGGGAUUUAUCCACUUCAUUAUGCUGCUGCGAGUGGAGACUUGAAAACGCUCCGUUGUAUACUCGCUGAAACAUCCUCUGUCAACGUAGUCGAUCGACUGGGAAACACACCUUUACACCUCGCUGCUUCAAACGGAAUCUUGUAUCUAAGGCAGAACACGCCGUUACCAUUCUUGUACUCAAGUGAACUCACGAUGAACUUAGAUAUGAUGAAUAUAAUACAUUGUAACAAGAAAACGCUUGGUUCUGGUGCAAAGAUGGACAAACAACACAAGAAAGUUGUAGAAGAAUUGAUAAAAGCCGGAGGUAGUAAAACUAUAGAGAAUAUGUCUGGGGAUACGCCAUUAAGUGUUGCGCUAGAGUUUGGAUGCCUAGACUAUUUUCAAACAGAAGAUAUUUGAAAAU